AUGCUGCCAUGGCAACAACAGGGGUCCAUUUUAUGGCAAAGGACGACGAGCGACUUGUGCAAUCAAUCCAACGUGCAAUGGCCGAAUCCCCACGUUCCCGCUCUCGCUCUCGCAGCCCUUCCCGCUCCCGUUCACGAUCCUCUCGAUCCUCCCGUUCUUCUCGGUCCCGCUCUUCUACCGGAUCUUCGCGGUCUCGCUCCGGUUCCUUAUCAUCUUAUAGUCGGUCUUCGUCGUCUAGAUCAAGGUCCACUUCGCGGUCGACCUCCAGGUCGCGGUCUUACUCCAGGAGCAGAAGUCCAAGGAGAAGGGAAGAUCGUAGACGAGGAUCGGAUGUUAAAAGUCCAGGUGACGAAUCUAAGCCAAAACACAACCCAGGAUCACCUAAAGGAAAUAUUCUCCCAUUUUGGUAAGACCAUUGACAUCCUCGUCCCCCACGAGGCCAGACGCCAGACUAUCGAUGGAAGGCCCUGUAACCGUGGUACCGCAUAUAUUGAGUUCGCCACCCGCCAAGACGCCGAGCAAGCUCUUUUGGCCAUGAAUGGUGGCUGGAUUGACGGCAAUGAAGUGCGCGUUGUGUACGCGGACCCCAGGCCUGAGAGGAAGGCGAGGUAUGGGAGGAGUCGAAGCAGGAGUUGGAGUAGGGGACGAAGAGGGGUUGAUAGACGUGGGAGUUUCCGGAGAGAUAGUCGGAGUAGGAGUCCGGUGAAGAGAAGUAGGAAGGAGAGUACAAAGAGGGCUAGUCCCAAAGCUGAAUCCAAGGCUGCAGACAAGAUGCCAGAACCAAUCACCUCCAUCUCCAUCCCGGCCACCGUCCAGUCCCCCAGUACGCCGCCAUACACCCUGUACGAAAUUCACUUGCGCGGCCCAGUCCGCUCAUGGAGAGUCUCGCACCGCUACUCGGACUUCACCGCCCUGCAUGCCACUCUACUCGCAUUGGGGACCCCACCAACCCCUCUUCCGCCCAAAACCUUCUUCUCCCUCUCCGACGCUUCCAAAAUUGAAUCGAGGCGGAUAGGACUUGAGUCCUACCUGAAAGGAAUCCUGUACGCUGAAGACCCGAAAUGGCGGCAAACAGAUGCAUGGAAAGCUUUUCUCUCGGUCCCUGCGGCGCGCACGGAACCCGAUGCCGAGAGCUGGAUGGAAGAAUAUAGAUUUGUCAAAGAUGAAUUGCAAAGUCUGAGAAUGGAGGUUAGGGAUAAAGCUCCUGGGCACGCCUUGAAUGCCAAACGGUCAAUGACGAAUUUGGGAGCGAGGAUAAAAGCGUUGGAACAAGUUCGAGGGGUGACAGGGGGUGAAAGAGUACGAAGGGAGGAUAUGGUAGAUGGGCUAAAGAGAGAACGGGAAGCAUUGGAAAAGAUGUGUAAUGGGCAGCAACGAAGUGACGACCGGGUUUUAGAGCGGGCUACACUCCUCCCCGCCCCUGCGAAACCGUCCUCCUCAACCCGGAAGUUUGGCAACACAAACGCAUCCCCGCCGAGUCUCCUCGAAAACCAACGCCUCAUCAUGCAACAGCAAGACGAAACGCUGGGCUCCUUGUCGGAUAUCAUCAAGCGACAGCAGCAAAUUGGGCUUGCAAUCGGUCAAGAGCUAGAUUUGCAAAAUGGAUUGCUGGAGGAGGUUGACGAGAGUGUAAACAGAGUCCAAGGGAGACUAAAAGGAGUAUCGAAAAAGUUGGACAGGGUUUUGAAAGGAUGAUCAACACUGUGCUUCCCUUGUAUCUCUUAUAAAUAGCCUCAACUAGAUGAUGUUAUAUAUGGAGCUUAUGCAUUUUUUUCACCAUGGCCCAAAAUUGGAAACGCAAUCA